AUGCAUCAGACCUUUGAUCCUAAUCGAAUUGUAGCUGACAGCAGGAGGCAAGUCAACAACCACAACGUCUGCCUCACUGUGGACUGUCUGUUUUAUGAGGGUAAACUCCUCAAGUGUUCCCGAAACGACGUCUCGUGGGGUGAUAUCCAGAAACUCCUGAAUAUUCCCAUUUCUGAGGCCCCCAAAGAUUCGAUCAAAUAUUCUAUCACAGCAAGCAACCAGGAGUCCAGCAAACGUUACCCAUCCAGGCCGGAUCAGAACCAGAAACCCAGCAAACGUCAUCCAACAAGGCCGGAUCAGAACCAGGAGUCCAGCAAACGUCAGGUUGGUUUCAGCGUGUAUCACAGCUGGCUCUGA